AUUAAUGACAAUGCAAGCUGAGAACAAAAUAAGAUUGAAAAUAACAGUUUCAAAAAAAUAACAACAUGAACACUAUAACAUUAUACAUAUAUUUCGCUUUUAUUUUAUCAAGUUCAGCGCUAAGAAUAGAACGAAAACAAGAUGGGGAUGUUCUUUUAGAUGUACCAAGCGAGGAAAUAUGUAACAGAUUUAAACAAACUGAAUGGACGGGAAGGAUUUGUCGUUGUAAGACAAACUAUGCAACUUUUUACUCUACCAGUAAUGACGUGUUUGGUUGUUACGCCGCAGAUGAAAUAAAAAAAUGUCAAAUUAAAACCCCUGGAGGGACUGGAAUUGUUUUGUUGACGAAUACGAAAAUAGAUUUGAUGGAAAAAUUAUCUUGUAAUAAAAACACCAAAGCAUUUUUGACGCGACGAAAUUACACUGAUCACAUGUGGAAAAGUACGGCGGUGAUUUAUGCCGAAUACUCCAAUGAAAGACAAAUAAUAAAGUUUGCACAAAAUAGCCUCAACUUGAAAAGCUUGAUCGGCGCAGUAAUGAAUCUAGACUUUGUAGAUGAUGGAUGUGAUGAUUGCAUGCUUGUUAAAUUUGGUGGGAAAGAAAAUAUUUUAAAUCUAAACUACAAGAACCUUUUUAUUACUACAACACCUAUGCUGACUGGUACGACAUCCACGACAUCCACGACAUCAUCUGCAACAACAACUACGACAACGACGUCGGCACCAUCACCACUACCACCACCACCAACAACAACAACAACAACAACAUCAACAACAACAUCAACAACAACGACAUCUACUACAAUGACAACAACAACAACAACAACAAAGUCGGGAAACAAGCCUAAUCCUACGACAAAUGCGCCUACCACAACGAAUCCUACUUCACAAACAAACAAUACUAUUAUUGAGCAACAAAAGGAAGAUUCCAACAUAUUUACAUUACCUCUCAUUAUUGGAAUUGCUGCAGCAACAUUUCUUCUCUUUCUUAUUAUUGCAGUACUAAUUUGGAAAAGAUGCCACAGAAAACGCAGCAAUUCGGCUGUUCCAGUCCGUAGCAAUGCAUCAAUAAAUCAGAAUGGAGAAAAUAUUUAUCAAUAUGCUCGUCCACAAGAUUUAAAAGUAUUUUCAAGCAACAACAAUGACAAGAAAAAGAAAGAAAUUAAAGAAAAUCAGGCUGUUACAUCUGAGCAAAGAGGUUAUACCAGUCUAAGCAUCACACAUAAUCCUGCAGAAAGUUAUGGAACGCUGAACAAGAGACCGAACAUAGUUGAUAGCACUAUCUACGAUCAACCAUUACCUGGUCAAGAACCUUUAUAUCACGAAACACAACCAGAGUAUUUUGAAACACAACCGGAGUAUUUCGAAACCGAGCCCGAAUAUGACGAGGCAUUACCGGGAGAUCCGCGUUUUAUACCAAGUGACAAUAAAAAUGAACCGUUAUACUUUCAAACUCAGCCUGAUGAAUACGCAGUUAUUAACAAACCAAAAAAGUAAUCGGAUAUACACUCAGGUGUCACAAAUGCUGGUGCAAGCGAGAUACAAUUUAUCAUUAUAUGUGGAAAUGUAUAGAACUAUUAAAAUUUAGUUAAAAAGAAUUUUUGCAUAAUCCGACCUACAAUAUUCCAAAAGGCUUUGAAAAAUAAAGCAGUAAAAUAUAACUAAUUAUUGCAGAUCUUACAUAUUAUUUUUAUAAAUAUCGACGAACAACAUUUUACAUUUAUCAUAAUUACAUACUAUAUUAUAUUAUUUUUAUUAACCAUUUAGUUUUGCGACGGAUUUGGAAUGGCAAUGUUCUUAACCCAAUUCAAAAUGGACUUAAAAGUCCCCCCCCCCCCCCCUCCCAGUUGUAAUAACUUUUAGAGCGUAUCGUUUUAAGGUUAAAAUUUUCAUCUUUAUUUAUAUAACUUCAGAAUAGUAAAAACAAAAUGGUAUGACGUCACAUGCUGACUUGACGUCGUUUCCUAACUAAUAAACAGGCAGCAAAAUUGAGCAAUUAUUUUAUUUCUUCUAAUAUCCUUUUAUAGUUCCGAAGUCAUAUUUUAAUUAUUUCUGUUUCCACCAAGUAAAAACGUUUGCAAUACCGAACAUUCCGCCGUUUCAGUAUUCUUCAGGUUUAGAAAUAUAUGAUGACGUCAUCUUGGACUCAAUGGCGUCAUCUAAAUACAACUCUCUUUACCGGAUCUUCUUAGAAAUACAACGUAUCGUAA